AUGACCCAAACAACUCAGCAGGAGCACCUCAAUGUCACCUACCUAGGACUUUUUGCCAAUCUGGGGAUGGCAGUGGCCAAAAUUACUGGUGGGUGGCUACUGUAUAGCCAGACACUUAAAGCCGAUGGUGUCCAUUCGUUGGCGGAUUCGAUCACGGACCUCACUGCGAUGGUUGUUCUGUUUCUCGACUCGUCCAACUUUUCUUUGGAUAUUUCUGGCACUCAAAUAAAGACAGAGAGUAUUGGUGCUGUCAUUAUCGGGUCCAUCGUUCUUAUGGGGGGUGUUCUUCUUGGAAAGGAAGCCAUAACACUCACUCCCACGUCUUCAAAAUCGGUCAACCCUCAUGCCAUGUGGUUUUCUGUACUCUCCGUGUUAGUCAAGGAGAUUCUUUACAGGAAAACUAUGAAGGUUGCACGCAAGAACAAAUCACCGGCACUUGCUGCAAGUGCCGCCCACCAUCGACUCGAUUCCUUUUCAAGCGCUCUCUCUCUCGUUUCUAUAGUCGCCGGAUCUCUUUAUCCAAAUUCGCGGGUAGUCGAUAUGGCUUGCACAGGGAUUGUCUCGGCUUUGGUGAUCAAAGAAGGAAUGGAAGUGAUUUUUGCGAGUGGAAGAGACAUCAUCAAUGCUGAGCCAAAGCAUGCCAAGGUGGAUUGA